CAUUCAAACAGUCAGUACUCAGUCUACACCUCCCUUCCAGCAUUCAAACAGUCAGUACUCAGUCUACACUUACCUUCCAGCAUUCAAACAAUACGGUGGCAACGCCAAGGUGGUCCACUUCCUGGGUCAGACCAAGCCGUGGAGCUACACGUACGACCCCAAGACCAAGAGGGUCAGUGGGGACAUGCAGGAGACCUCCACACACACCAGCUUCCUUCUGGACUGGUGGUUCCUCUACUCUUCCUCUGUGGUGCCCAUGAUGGUGGAGGAUACGGAGACCAGCCUUUCCACUCUGGCUGUGUGGAAGUUCAUCACCCUCUCAUUCGUCCAUCUAAAGUUCCAGUCCCCUGUCAAAGAAAAUUGUGACCACCAUGGUCACUGGCCUGGGUCAUGGUCACAGAUCAAUAGUCACAAGGAAGGUGGCUGGAAGGGAAACAGCUCGUCACAUGACUCCCAUCACACUGAGCCAUACAUGUCACCAGAGACAUCCGAGGAACGCAAGCAGAAAUGGGAGCAGGGCCAGGCGGACUACAUGGGAAUGGACUCGUUUGACAAUAUCCAGAAAAAGCUUGACGCUUUUCUCAAAUAAAGGGAAACUGAGUUUGACUGAUUCAGUUUUUUUAGUUUCACCCCCCCCCCCACCCAAUUCUCCAUCUUACCAAUAGUUGAUUCUCCAUAUUAGUGAGCCAUUACCCACCCCAGCUCCGAAGACUACAACACAAUUCUGUUACGAUGGGAAACAUUCUGACAUUGUUGGCAGAGGGCAUCCAACUGAGCAACACUUGUAUAGUAUGUUUAUCCUGUUAUAUAUGUACUGUGAAGAUCACGACACUGAAGCACCGAUUUAUUGACAAGCUUUUACAAGUCCUAUCUACUUUUUUUUUCUAUUUGAAAAUGUUUAGAGAAUUAAAACCGCAAUAAAAUAUAAUAAUUAAAUAUGGCCUUGGUAUAUGGACAUGAGCCUUUUUCCACGUGUGGACACUUUGACAAAGAUGAUCUAUACAGUACGUCUUGUAGUUUCAUAGAUGUCGGCUAUACACUGUUUAACUGAGCUGAUGUGAUGUCCUGCCAUGUCUGUAGUCUACCUGGGCCUUCAGAAAGCAUUCAGAACUCUUGACUCGAUCCACAUUUAUUUGUUACAGCUUGAUUUUUAACAGAUUUUGUCACACAAUAUCCCAUUUUGUCAGCGGCGUAUGUAUUUUUAUUUAUUUUAGACACAUUUAAAUUAACUGAUGUCUCGUCAAGUAUUCAACCCCUUAUGGCUUAAAUACGUGCUUAAGUUGCCUGAAUAAUGUUGAACAUGAUUUUUGAAUGAGUCAUCGCUGUACCUCCCCAUACAUUUAAAUGUGAAUGUAACAGAUUCAACCACAAAGAUCGGAGGUUUUCUAAUGCCUCGCAAAGAAGGGCACCUAUUGGUAGAGGGCUAAACAUUUUAGAAAAAGCAGACAUUGAAUAUCCAUUUGAGCAUGGUGAAGUUACUAAACUUGGGACGGUGUAUCAAUACAUCCAGACGUCCUUUCUAACUCAGUUGCCGGAGAAAAAAAUGGAAACCACAUCCAUACGGCCAAUGGUGACUAUAAAACAGGGUUUAGUGGCUGUGAUUGGAUAAUACAACGUUGUGGGGCCAGCCGUUACUCCACAAUACGAACCUAAAUGACAGUGAAAAGAAUGAACCCUGUACAGAAUAAGCAUCCUGUUUGCAAUAAGGCACUAAAGUAAAACUACAAAAAUAUGUAAAGGGCUGUACUUUGUCCUGAAUGAAGAGUUAUGUUUGGGACAAAUCCAACACAUUACGGAGUACCACUCGCCAUAUUUUCAAGCAUGGCGGUGGCUUCAGGUUCUGGGUAUGCUUGUCAUUGGCAAGGACAAGUUUUUUUUUUUUUUUUAGGAAACAGAGCUAUAAGCACAGGCAAAAUCCUAGAGGAAUCCCUGGUUGUCUGCUUUCCAACAAACACUGGGAGACAAUUUCAGCAGGACAAUAACCUAAAACAUGGCCAACUAUACACGAGUUGCUUACCAAGACGAUGAAUGUUCCUGAGUGGCCUAGUUUGACUUAAUGCAGCUUGAAAAAGUUUAGCAAUGAUCAGCAACCAACUUGAGAGCUUGAAGCUUUUUUUUUUUUUUUUUUACAGAAUAAUGGGCAAAUAUUGUACAAUCCAGGUGUGCAAAUCUUUUAGAGACUUUCCCCAGAAAGACAGAUGUAAUCACUGCCAAAGGUGAUUCUAAUGUGUAUUGACUCGGGGUUAAAUACUUACCUAAUCAAGAUACUGUAUAUUUGUUUACUUUUUCAUGUGGAGUAAGUCGUGACCCCUUUCUGAAAGGACUGUACUGCUCAUGUUCUUGUGGAAAGAUACUGUUUUCAUACCAUCUUCACUUCAGCUGCUGUGAGGGAUGAUCUCUCCGGUUUGUUUUACCCAGGGUAGGUUUCCAGUUGGCCUUAACCCAGGGUAGGUUUCCAGUUGGCCUUAACCCAGGGUAGGUUUCCAGUUGGCCUUAACCCAGGGUAGGUUUCCAGUUGGCCUUAACCCAGGGUAGGUUUCCAGUUGGCCUUAACCUAGGUUAGGUUUUUUUGUGUGGCCUUAACCCAGGGUAGGUUUCCAAUUGGCCUUAACCCAGGGUAGGUUUCCAGUUGGCCUUAACCUAGGGUAGGUUUUUUGUGUGGCCUUAACCCAGGGUAGGUUUCCAGUUGGCCUUAACCUAGGGUAGGUUUUUUUGUGUGGCCUUAACCCAGGGUAGGUUUCCAGUUGGCCUUAACCUAGGGUAGGUUUUUUGUGUGGCCUUAACCCAGGGUACGUUUCCAGUUGGCCUUAACCUAGGGUAGGUUUUUUUGUGUGGCCUUAACCCAGGGUAGGUUUCCAGUUGGCCUUAACCCAGGGUAGGUUUCCAGUUGGCCUUAACCUAGGGUAGGUUUUUUGUGUGGCCUUAACCCAGGGUACGUUUCCAGUUGGCCUUAACCCAGGGUAGGUUUCCAGUUGGCCUUAACCUAGGGUAGUUUUUUUUGUGUGGCCUUAACCCAGGGUAGGUUUCCAGUUGGCCUUAACCUAGGGUAGGUUUUUUGUGUGGCCUUAACCCAGGGUAGGUUUCCAGUUGGCCUUAACCUAGGGUAGGUUUUUUAAGUUAGCCUUAACCCAGGGUAUGUUUCCAGUUGGCCUUAACCCUCACAGUUGGACCUUUUGAGUACCUGUUACCCUCACACCACCUGCUAGUGUUUGAUCAUCUGUACUCUUGUCUAGGUACUGGUUCCAAUGCCGGUACGUGUUGAACCUCUUGUCUAGGUACUGGCUCCAAUGCCGGUACGUGUUGAACCUCUUAGUUUUUAGCCUACUGCUCUUUUACCACCCAAAUGGUGCCUGUACCACAGACGCUGUCACAUGCUAAAUAAAGUACUUGUAGAAUAAA